CAUCAUUUGACAUGGCUGCUGCAACAUUAUCCAAUUUUGAACCUACUCCUAACAAUACUUUGUUAAACAACGUUAAUCUUCCUGGAGCUCCUGUCAUUGCUGACGAGGAUCAACCGGUUGAAAAGAAAAAGGAAAAGAAGGAUAAAAAGAAAGACAAGAAAAAGGACAAGAAGAAGAACAGUAAGAAGGAGGAAGACAAGGAACCCAAGCCAAUUCGCCAGGCUGUUGGCGUGAUUGUGAUUGACCCUGCUACUCAAAAGAUCCUUUUGUUGGAAAGCCAAAAAAGACCAGGAGCAUACGUACUUCCUCGUGAUGAUUGUAAUGAUGAAGAGCAUCCGGAAAAGGCAGCUCUCCGUCUUUUAGUGGAAAAGGCAGGCGUCCAGACCACAUUUUUGUCUAGCCGCGUUGGAUCUUAUUCUGAAUCUAACAAAAAGGGGAAAAUCACAGCACAACACUGGAUGUAUGAAGUGCAUUCACCUAAUGUGCUUGAAAAGUCUGAUCGUCAAAGAGUAUGGGUCACAUAUGAAGAAGCAUUGAAGGCUACAGAAGAAAAGAGAAUGUCUCAUCUUGCUCUUCAAAAAUGUUCUCUUGCUCCUAAAUAAGAGGGUUGUAUAAAUAGACAAUAAAAAAAUCAAGUGGUGUCACGCCUUUUAUGUGUAACAUUUAUUAUUGUGCCUAGCGUCUUCACAUUCCAGGUCUUCUCUUUCCAUAUGUGUGUGUGUAUGUGAAAAUAAAAUAAA